AUGGCGACGCACGGGCUGGCACCGCCACUGCCACUGCUCCUCACCGUCCUCCUGGUCGCGCUCGCGCCGUCCUCCUUCGUCGCGGCGGCUGGCGGCCGCGGGACCGGGCGUAGGCCGGCCGCCGCGUGCACGUCCACGUACACGCUCAGGGUGAAGACGGCCUGCGGCUCGCCGGCGGCGCGGACGUCGGACGCCGUCAGCGUCGCGUUCGGGGACGCCUACCGAAACGAGGUGCUGGCGCGGCCGCUCGUCGUCCCCACGUCCGGGCCCGGGAGCAGCAGGGAGCUGGAGCGGUGCGGCACGGACACGUUCCGCGUGGCGGGGCCCUGCGGCUACGGCGUCUGCUACCUCUACCUCCGCCGCGACGGCCGCGACGGCUGGGCGCCCGAGUGGGUGCAGGUCGUGCAGCCGGGGCCUCGAGACCGGCCGCCGGCCACGGCCACGUUCUACUUCGGCGGCCCGCUGCCCGACGGCGUCUGGUACGGCCAUGACCGAUGCCCCAAGGCCGCCGCCGCUGGCACCAACUCCUCGGCUUCGCCUCGAGGCUGA